GAGUGACAUCACUUUUCAUGCAGCACAUCCAGAAAGGCUGCAUUCCACAGCUUCACUCCUCCUCCACCUCCUCCUUCUCCUCCUCCCCGGCUGAAGUGUGUCUGUAGGUGAGUGUUUGGGUCACAUCCGCCAACCAGCCUGAACACAGAGCAGCGAGUAACACCAAGGACCAUCAAUGAAACUGAGAUAAGCUUGAACUAACAGGUCACUGGUGGUGCUGAAGGUGAGUGAUGGAGCUGAAGGUGUGGGUGGAUGGCGUGGUCAGAGUGGUGUGUGGCCUAUCACUAGACACCUCCUGCCAGGAUGUCGUCAUAGCUCUGGCACAAGCGAUUGGUCAAACAGGCCGUUACAUUCUCAUCUUGAAGUUACGAGGGACUGAGAGACAUCUAGUUGCGGAUGAGUGUCCUCUUUAUCUUCUGGCUCAGCUGGGACAGCUGGCCGGAGAGGUCCAGUUAAUUCUGCGCAAGACCGGUCCAAGUCUAAGUAACGGUCCAGACACACCCACAACAGAUAGACGCCUUCCCCUGCCCAGACCAUCAGAACCAGAGACCUUCAAACGCAAGGGGCCACAGAAGGCUCUCACCUUCAGUUUGGGUCCCUCAACACUUCCCAGGAGGAAUAAACCAAAGAGGGCCUGGUCUCCGUCACCCAGAGCCUCGCCAGAACCACGAGCUUCCCCUGCAUCUUUCCCAGAGACGGCAGUGCCCCAUUCCUCCUCCAAAGAGGAGGUGUUCAGGCAGAUUUUGCAGCAACAGAGGCGACUUCGGGACCUGGAGAUUCAGCUUCAAACUCUGGAGAGAGAGACAGAGGUGUGGGAAAGGUCAUCUACUGCAGCUCCUAGUGUGGCUGUGGUCCAUGCAGGGGAACUGGAGGAACUGGAGCAGCAGCUGAAGCAGAACGAGGCAGAGCUGAUGGACAGAGGACACUGGCAAGAACAGUUACAGGCAGAGAUGGACCGAGAACAAGAUAUACACAGACGUCUACAUCAGAUACACUCAUCAGUGGAUCAUCACAGCUAUCAGAUCAAGGAGCUCCAAGUCCGUUCUGCACAUCUAGAACAGGACCUACAGACAGCCCACAGACAAAGCUCUCAGACGGGCCCACAGCAGACAGACGAGGCCCUGAGGCCACUGAAGCAGGAGCUCCACCACCGCCUGCAGCAGGGGGAGGAACUGGAAGCAACACUGAGGGAGACGCAGAGGGAACUACAAGCUGCAGAGGAGAGGCUGCAGGACAGUUGGGAGAUGAUCGAGGAGCUGAACAAGGAGCUGCGACAGUGUAAGCUGCAGCAGUUUAUCCAGCAGACCGGCGGUCCAUACGCAGACCAGACCAACUCCCCACCUGUCACCGACGUUUACCUCAGCAACGCUGGAAUAAUGGAGUAGUCCAAGUCGCUGUAUGUCUUCAGAUGGUUUGAAAUGAUUAUUAAAAGCUGUACAAGAAGUUUACAGAGCCUUUACUUGAGUAAAGGUACUGUAGAAAUGUGUUAUAAUACAGGAGAGAAAGGAUUUUUACACAACAACAAACAUUUUAUUUUAGGUUAUCCCAUAUUUAAUUCACAGGGACUUUAUCUGUCAGAUACAUGCAGUGGAGUAAAAGGUCAAUAAUUCCCUCGAGCUCCAAUAAACUCCUAAAACUCUGAGGCAUUUUCUUUGUUUCCUCUGCAGGAAAUCAUGGAAGUAAAACUGUUCUAUAAAAUGUCAAAGGUCCGUCUAGGCUCUACUGUGUGCUAUGUGUGAAUGUGUG